AUGCAAAAAACAAAUAGUGGAAAUAUUCUUUAGCCACCAAGUGCUUCGAAAAGCUUUAUUUAUUCUGUAUGUUUUAUCACAAAUAUUUUAGUAAAUUUUGAUCAUGGUAUUGUUCCUGCAGCUUCCAAAGAAAUCAAAUAGGAUUUGAAAAUUACUGAUUUUGAAUUAGGAAUUUUGGGGUCAGUUGUAUAUGCAGGUCUCCUUCUAGGUUCAGUUGCCGCAUCGCAAGCAUUUAUGAUGAUAAAAACCAAAAAACUGAUUAUUGGUGUCAUUGUUUCUUACAUCUUUAGUCUGCUACUUUUCUUAGUGUCAGAUAGGAUUAUUUUACUUGGAUUUUCUAGAACUUUAGUUGGCUUCUUUCAAGUUUUUUUAGUUGUAUUUUUCCCUGUCUGGGUAGAUUUACACGGAGGUUCUAAGUAGACUUUAUGGCUAACUAUAUUAUAGCUAGGUGUUCCUUUGGGAGUGUUUUUAGGUUAUUUAGCUACAUCUUUCUUUGUCAAAAUAUUCUCAAAUUGGCAAUAUUCUUUUAUCACAUAAAUCGUUUUGCUUACACCAUGUGUUUUAAGCCUUAUGCUCUUUCAUUCAUCAGAGUUAGAUGUGUAGAUGAAAGAAGAGGAAGUUAUAAAUGGUAAAAAAAUAGAAUAGGCGAAUAUUUAAAAUUUAUAGGGUCGCUCUUCUAUCCAUCGUUUAUCUAUCGAGCCAGUUCUCAAACUUUAUAAAAAUCAUACUUACACUUCUAAAUUAAAAGAGCUUUUUACAAAUAAAAUAUUUAUUUUCACAAUGCUUACACUAGCCUCUCUCUAUUUUGUUGUGACAGGAAUUCAGUUUUGGAUAUCUGAUUAUAUGAGAACAAUACUAUUUGUAGAUUAGAAGACAGUUUACACGGCUUUUUCAUUAAUCUCUAUAACUGCUCCUAUAUUUGGAGUACUUAUAGGUGGAAUAGCUUUAGAAAAGGUAGGAGGGUAUGCUGGUAAAAAUGCUAUAAAUUUAUGUUUGUUGAAUGGAGUGCUAGCUUCUUGUUGUGCUAUACCCAUACCUUUUACAAAUAGAUAUGAAGUAGUACUUAUUUUGUUAUGGUUUUUAUUUUUUUUUGGAGGUUCACUCAUGCCAGCUGUAACGGGACUAAUGCUUCAUUCGAUACCAAAAAACUAUCGUGCUUUUGGAAAUUCUUAAGCCUAGCUAUUUCACAAUUUGCUAGGAUAUUUACCUGCCCCUGUUGUUUAUGGUAUUGUAAAUUAAAUGUCACAAAGUGUAGAAAAAAGAAGUGGUAUGAAGGUACUGAUGCUAUGGAGUUUAUGGGGAAUUAUUUUUUUGGUAUUUGCUAAGAUUGAGUAAUAAAGAUUAGAAAAAACCUAGUAGGAUCAAGAGAAAGAAAUGCUUUAAUAUCUAUAAAGUUAAAAUUAAAAUACAAAUAAAGUCAAACACCAUGAUUAACUUUCAGACAAAAUACCAAUGUCUAAAAUUACAGAAAAAGAAUCUGAGUAAUCUUAAUCUUUCUUGGAAAACAACGAGAAUUAAUCUCCUUUCGAUUAAGCAUUUGAGCAAAAAUAAUAAAAAGAAUGGCAUGAAUAGCAAUAAAAGGCAGAUGAAGAAGCAAGUAGAUAAAGUCGCCCAUAUGCAUAUUAAGUAAAUAAAAAAAAAGAAAUGGAGUAGCCUCUAAUAAAUAAAGAUUAUAGAUAAAGCAGAUCAUUAGGAAACGAAAAAAAUUUAUUAUUAAAAUCGAAUGGUCCUUUGGGGAAUUCCAUAAAUUUUUCCUAAAUUAAGCCAUAGUUUUAUAAAUAUAACCAAACACCAAAAUAAACCAUGAGCAUCAAUCGCAAGAGUUCUGUUGCCUUUUAGACUAUUGGAAUGAUGCUUGGUAGAACUAGUAUAUUGUAUAUUGAUGAUCCAGAAGAUAACGAUGAUGAUUAAAUAUUAGAUAAUUUAUAAGAUGAAGAAUUAAAAAACUUAAGAGAAGAUUAUAAUAAAGAAUAUGAUUAAUACUAUAAGAAAUGA